CAUCCACCAAGGCUCAAACUUUCGUGUUCACACUCGAUACUAAAACUCCACUAGUCAAACCUUUCAACUCAACGCAAUCAUCAAAGAGCGAUAAUUAAGUCAUCAACUACUUAAUUAUAAGUUAUUGUAUGCUUAGUUUAUAAUAAGAACCUCACCGUUAACUCCAUCCUCAUCUCUUCUGUCCCUGAUUUUGUCGCUUUCUACCCCGCCGGAGAUCUGUAUGUUUCUGGGGUUUUCCAGAGCAAGCAAGAAAACUUGCGGUUGGUUGGGUUCUGCUGCACUGGUAACUUGUGAAAGCCAUGGGAGAAGUUCAUAGAAAAGAUGAUGAUCUUUAUACUAAGGAUGGGACUGUAGAUUAUCAGGGUAAUCCUGCCAAGAAGAAUGAAACUGGGACCUGGAAAGCCUGUCCUUUUAUCCUAGGAAAUGAAUGUUGUGAAAGGUUGGCAUAUUAUGGAAUGAGCACAAAUCUUGUCCUGUAUUUUAAGCAUAAACUCAACCAGCAUAGUGCUACAGCUUCAAAAAAUGUAUCGAAUUGGUCAGGUACAUGCUACAUAAUGCCACUCAUCGGGGCGUUUCUUGCUGAUGCCUUUAUGGGAAGAUACUGGACUAUUGCCUGUUUCUCGAUCAUUUAUGUUAUUGGAAUGGCAUUGUUGACAUUGUCAGCGUCGGUUUCAGGCUUGAAGCCAACAUGUUCAAAAGAUGGUGUUUGUGAUCCAACGCUGGCACAAAGUGCGGUUUCCUUUAUUGCACUUUACGUGAUAGCCCUGGGUACUGGCGGGAUCAAGCCUUGUGUUUCGUCUUUCGGGGCGGAUCAGUUUGAUGACGACGAUGAAGUUGAGAAAAAACACAAGUCGUCUUUCUUUAACUGGUUCUAUUUUUCCAUCAAUAUCGGUGCACUCAUUGCUUCUUCUGUGCUGGUUUGGAUACAAGACAAUGUUGGUUGGGGGUGGGGUUUCGGCAUCCCUGCUGUGACCAUGGCUAUUGCUGUGGUAAGCUUCUUUUCAGGCACGAGAUUGUACCGUAACCAAAAACCGGGCGGUAGCCCUCUAACCCGGAUCUGUCAAGUGCUGGUAGCCUCCAUAAGAAAGUAUAAAGUUGCGGUUCCUGCAGAGAAGUCUCUCCUGUACGAGACUGCAGAUGCUGAGUCUGCUAUCACUGGGAGCCGCAAGCUUGAUCAUACACGAGAUUUUGGUUUCUUUGACAAGGCAGCAGUUCAGGUAGAAUCGGAUGAGAAGAAAGGCUCGAUAGAUCCAUGGAGACUCUGCACAGUGACUCAAGUUGAAGAGCUGAAAGCGAUUGUAAGGUUGUUACCAAUAUGGGCAACGGGGAUCAUCUUUAGUACUGUUUAUGGUCAAAUGAGCACUUUGUUCGUGUUGCAAGGUGCUGCAAUGGAUACUCGUGUAGGAAAUUCCACCUUCAGGAUCCCGCCAGCGUCGCUCAGCAUCUUUGACACACUUAGCGUCAUCUUCUGGGUCCCCGUCUAUGACAGAAUCAUAGUCCCCGUAACAAGAAAGUUCACGGGACACAAGAAUGGCCUGACACAACUCCAGAGAAUGGGCAUCGGCCUCUUCAUAUCCAUUUUCGCCAUGUUAUCUGCAGGAAUCCUGGAGCUCGUGAGACUCAGAUUCGUGCAGAGGCACAAUUACUACGACCUAGAGGAGGUCCCGAUGUCGAUAUUCUGGCAGGUCCCUCAGUACUUCCUUAUAGGCUGCGCGGAGGUUUUCACCUUUAUCGGCCAGUUGGAGUUUUUCUACGAGCAGGCUCCCGACGCCAUGAGAAGUCUGUGCUCAGCUCUCUCGCUCACCACUGUCGCGUUAGGGAACUACUUGAGUUCUUUGCUAGUGACUAUUGUUACGAGCAUUACAGCAAAGGAUGGGAAACCGGGGUGGAUUCCAGAUAAUCUGAACCGCGGCCACAUAGAUUACUUCUACUAUCUCUUGGCAAUUCUCAGUGUGCUCAACUUGGGAGUUUAUCUCUGGAUUGCCCAGUGGUAUACUUACAAAAAACCAGUCGGCCCUCUUCGCUGAUCGUUUACAGAUAUGUUAUUUGGCCCUUCCCACACCAUAGGUUUUUAAGUUGUGUGUUUAAAUGGUUCAAGAAAUCAACAAUACAUACUGUUUGGCUGUGUAUCAGUAGGUGUAAUUGUGUAAGCAACAAGAAUGAUUGUACUGUUAGAGCAACCAUAUUGCAGUUAAAACUAAAGAUCA